UGUACCCUUAUAAAUAAGACAAUUCACACUAGAUGAACAAAUUGGUAGUGUCUAAUCCGUCGUAUACAAUUUACUCCCGGCUGUCAGGGUGUAAACAGCCUGCCUGUGUUAAAAACCAAGCACAAGUAGGCAGACCCAGCUAGGAAACUCUACCUCAACAAGACAUAAUGAUCAUCGGUGCCUGAGUGUCCAAAGGAGCCACGGUAUUUGCUUCAGCAAAAUCCAUUCCUAAGCAUUGCAGAAUUGUUUAGCAAAGCUCGCGUUGCGAGAGACCACCGAGGUACACGGAGUCGUGCGGUCUUGAUCAGUUUUAAUCGCUUGCUUUUAUGCAAGAAAAAAAAUUCAACGCACCAAAUGAACUUGGUAGGAGUGAUACAGCCUCUGUGAAUGAAGAAGAACGAUGCGUUCUCUUGGACUGUGAAAGCAGCGGGUCGUUAUCUCCUCGCUGAAUGCAGCGUGCUAGAGAUUGCUCUUUUGUGGUUUUGACUACGGUUUGAUUGGUCGGUGUUGCCCAUUUACAUCAGCGUCCGAACAUUUCUAGAAACACCUGGUGCGUUGUUAUGGGAAAAUCAGAAAGCCAAAUGGAUAUAAUCGACAAUAACGCGCCAAAAUCUAAAAAGAAGUUGCGAUGGACAUCCCUGGAAAUCGGACUCACGACCAUAGUGGCUCUUCUCAUGAUUGUGGUGAUCGCACUGGUAGCCUUAUAUGUAAGACAAGGUGGUGAUGGGAUUUGCAAAUCAGCAGAUUGUACGAAGUCGGCGGCCCGUAUACUUGAAAAUAUGGACACAACAGCAGACCCUUGCCAAAAUUUUUACCAAUAUGCCUGUGGAGGGUGGUUGAAGAAGCACAUCAUUCCUGAAACCAGCUCUCGUUACAGUACAUUCGACAUUCUGAGAGAUGAGCUAGAAGUUGUCAUGAAAGAUGUUCUGGAGAAACCCGACACGGCAGACAUUAGCGCAUUGAAAAAAGCAAAGACUCUGUAUAAGUCGUGCACAAAUGAGACAACCAUUGAGAACAGAAGGGGACUUCCAUUAAUAAAUAUGUUACCAAAGGUACUCGAAUGGCCUGUGGCAAGUGAUGAUUGGGAAAAUACAUAUGGAACUAAGUGGACUCUAGAAAACGCAAUAGCCGCACUGAAUGCUAAUUAUGGAAAACAAGUCCUUAUUAACUUUUUUGUCGGAACAGAUGACAAAGCCUCAAAUGUGCACAUUAUUCAUUUUGAUCAGCCUGGGCUUGGUCUUCCCUCUCGUGAUUACUAUGAAUGCAGUGGUGCCUAUGAAGAGGCAUGCACUGCAUAUGUACAUUUCAUGAUAGAUGUUGCAACGCUGAUACGCAAGGAGAAGAACCUGCCAAUCAAUGAAUCCCUGAUCAGAACUGAGCUGGAAAGAGUUAUGGACCUGGAGAAAAAAAUUGCUAAUGCUACUACAAAAACAGAAGACAGAAAUGACCCCAUUCUGUUAUAUAACAAAAUGGAAUUAAAUGCUAUGGAGAAUAACUUUUCAUUACAAGUUGAUGCAAAGCAAUUCAACUGGACAAGUUUUACCAAUACUAUCAUGGGAGUUGUGAAUAUUUCCGUAACAGGGCAGGAACAUGUUGUUGUUUAUGCCCCAGAGUAUCUUAGGAAAUUAAAGCCUAUUCUUUCUGACUACAGUGCAAGGGAUAUUCAAAACUACAUAGUGUGGCGCUAUGUAAUGGAUCUGGUUAACAGUCUAAGUCGUGUCUACAAAGAUACAAGAAAAGCUUUCCGUAAGGCUCUUUAUGGAACAACAUCUGAAACAGCAGUUUGGCGUCAGUGUGCAAACUAUGUGAACGGCAACUUGGAGAAUGCUGUCGGAAGACUCUAUGUAGAGGAAGCCUUUGCUGGAGAAAGUAAACACAUGGUUGAUGAAAUGAUUGCUCAGAUUCGAGAAGUAUUCAUUCAGAGCUUGGAUGAAAUUGAAUGGAUGGAUGUGGAAACCAAAAGAAAAGCUGAAGAAAAGGCCAAAGCCAUAAGAGAGAGGAUUGGAUAUCCAGAGGAUGUCAAAGAUGAUGCCAAACUGAAUAAUCAGUAUAAAGAUUUAAACUACAAAGUGGAAGAAUACUUUGAGAACAUUCUACAGAACCUGGAAUUUGGACAAAAAAAGCGUUUAAAGAAACUGGGAGAGAAAGUUGACAAGGAAGAGUGGAUUACUGGAGCAGCAAUUGUUAAUGCAUUUUACUCUUCUGGCAGAAACCAAAUAGUUUUCCCUGCAGGAAUCCUUCAGCCACCUUUCUUUGGGAAAGGUCAAUCAAAUUCUUUAAAUUAUGGAGGGAUUGGUAUGGUUAUCGGCCACGAGAUCACUCACGGCUUUGAUGAUCAUGGUAGAAAUUUUGACAAAGAAGGAGAUCUCAGUGACUGGUGGACCCAGCAGUCUGCCACAAGGUUUAAAGAACUUUCCCAGUGCAUGGUGCAUCAGUACGGAAACUUUUCGUGGGAUCUAGCCGGAGGACAACAUCUCAGCGGCAUCAACACCUUAGGAGAGAACAUUGCAGAUAAUGGAGGAAUCAGACAAUCAUACCAGGCAUACCAAAAUUACAUUAACAACCAUGGCAAGGAAGACCUGCUGCCCGGGAUUGGCCUGAACCACAAACAGUUGUUCUUCCUCAAUUUUGCGCAGGUGUGGUGCGGAACAUACAGGCCAGAGUAUGCUGUCAACUCUAUAAAAACUGAUGCGCACAGUCCUGGCAAAUUCAGGGUUCUAGGGUCAUUGCAGAACUUUCCAGAAUUUGCUGACGCCUUUUCCUGUCGCAAGCAUGAUUACAUGGCUCCUGAGAAGAAGUGUCGAGUUUGGUGAUAAAAAAAGAAUGGAGAAAAAGAGCCACUAUUAAUGACAGACUGUUAGUUUUUUUAUGCAGGGACAUAACUGAUCAAGAAAGGUAGAAUAACUCGAUUUUCUGCUCUCAGAUAUUGUUGUCUCGAUUUAGACCUGCGUUAAAAAAUGUAAAUAUGAAUGCUCCAUUAAAAUCCGGGUUCAAUUAGCAUUAUAUGGAUAUAAAUGAAAAAAAAUGAACACUUUCCAUAAAAUAGUUACAUUUUUUGUAGUAUGUCGACAAAAGUAAUGUAAUUGCAUAAACAGCAUUGUAUUGUUCCUUAAAUUUGGGGGGGGGGGGGGGGGGCAGAAAUAUUAUGCAUUUUACUUAAAAAUAAAUAAAUAAACAAAUAAGCUGUAUUUAUCCUGUAAAUUGGAGGGCUUUAUUCAAUACAAACUUUGGGUGCUCACGAGAAAAGAUUGUACAGAGUAGAAUAUUGGUUCACACCAAAGAUUUUUGAUUUCACUUCCCAUAUAAUUAUGUUAAAUGUUCCUUUACUAUUAUUAUUAUUAUUAUUAUUAUUAUUAUUAUUAUUAUUAUUAUUAAUAAUAAUAAUAAAAGACUAAUGGUUUAAUUAUUGAAAUGUGAUGGUUUGGGAUUUCUGAAUAAUUUUAUAUUGAACAAAUGUAUGUAUGUUUGACGAUGUUGGUUAAUGUCUCACGCGAAAAAGGUCUGUUUAAAAUGAUAUAGAAAAUGUGUACAUUUCCAUAUUCCACGAUACACGUGAUUGAAUGUCUUUCAAAAUCCGAUAUUUACAUCUAUUUAUUUUUUAGACGGUGGUGUUGGUUUUGUCAACACCCUGCAAAGGAUUGUUGUCCAUGCAUAAUAAAAUACAUUAGCUUAAACCACAAGACUUAAAUACUUGGUAAUAGUUCAAUCAUUUUAGUACGGGAGAGCACAGAGAUUUUAGAAAGUUAACAAAAACACCUCAGAUGCCUGAAUUUAGAUACCUUGUAGUAAGCGUAUUCAAAAAUAAUUUGUUAAUAAACGCUAGCACAAAAAAUAUA